AUGGGUCAAAUCAGGACAGACCAGCCAUUCCAAGAGGGGCCAGAGAAGAAUCGCGAGCGGCUCGAGGCGUUCGAGUCCACCCUCAUUGAGCGACUCCAGAGGUCCUGCGACAAAGCUUUGCAGCUCCGCCCUCUUUCGGAGAAGGGGGAGACAAACGGCGAUGGACAAGCCAACGUCCUAGCUUCAGCACUUCAGCCGCUGAUCCACUCGGGGAGGUCGCCGGAGGAGAUCAAAGCAGCAGUUUUCCGAGAUCCGGAGGUGCUGGGUACGGCUUUGGACAUCGUGGGUGCAUACCUGAAGAACUACGAGGUCGACAAAGCCGGCGCCGUGGUCGAAACUGUUCUGGAGUACUGCCGCGCCCGUGGAGGGCUUUGGCAAAUCAAGGCUUUGAACCACCUGGCCACCGUGCGCAUGAAGCAG